AACCUCCUCCUUACACUCACAGACUGGAAGACUGCAGACAGUCAGAAGAGGAGAUUGAGAUGACACACCCACCUCAGGUGAGCAGCGGAGAGCCUUCAAAAGGAGGGAAGGAAGCCAAGUUGUCAUAAUUCUGCAGACAGACUGGAGAAACAAGUCGAAGAGAUGAUUGCCUUCCUGAUCUCCUUCCUUGCUGCACUUCUGUGUGAAUCUGUCCACAGUGACAACUCUGCAGUAGCAUGGUGUUAUGACAACCCAUCGUGCAAUUUUACCACCUGGCCUGAACUUGCUCCACAUUACUGCAAUGGAUCCAGCCAAUCUCCUAUAAAUAUUGUCACAGCACAAAUUCUGGAAAAUUCUAACCUGACCCAGUUUAAUUUUACUGGUUUUGAUGCCAACACCACCUUCAUAUCAAUGGCAAACUCUGGCACCUCUGUGGUCGUCACCUUGGAUGAACAAAUAAUGUCAGUGCAAGGAGGAGAUCUUCCAGGUCUCUACGUUUCUAAACACUUUCAUCUUCACUGGGGCAACAGCAGCUCAAUUCCUGGAUCAGAACACACUGUGGAUGGCAAACAGUAUGCAAUGGAGCUACACAUUGUGAACGUCCAUUCAAAAUACAACGGGAGUCUUUCUGCUGCUCUAGCUGCUAAUGACAGCUCAGCGCUGGCUGUUUUGGGUUUCUUCAUUGAGGGAACGAAUGAAGCAAGCAAAGCAAAGGGUUGGGGCGUCCUAACGUCCUUUCUGAGAAACAUCACUUAUUCAGGUAAUGCAACCGUUGACAUUAUGAAUCAAACCUCAAUGAACAGUCUGCUUGAGGGAGUGAACAAGACUAAAUAUUACCGCUACCGAGGCUCUCUGACCACACCAUCCUGCAAUGAAGCUGUCAUUUGGACUGUGUUUAAAGAGCCCAUCAAAGUCAAUAACAACUUGAUCAACCUCUUCAGUACAACGGUCUUUGCCAAAAAUGCAAGUGCUCCAGUUCUGAAUGUUAACAACUUCAGAGGAGUUCAGCCGCUGAAUGGCAGAGUGGUGACGUCUCAGGUGGAGCAAACCGCGUCACCCACAGCUCCAUCAUCAGCCGCCACAUCCAUUUCAUCCCUCUCCCUAUUACUGCUCUUGACCAGUUUGUGUUGCCUGUAAAUAUACUAUUAGUGAUUUUAUUAAAAUAACUGGAGUUUAAUAAUUUAUUUCCCCACUGCAUUGUUCACUUUAUUGAUUGUGUUUGUUCAUGAUCGACAUGGAAACAUUUGAUGAGAUCCAGUGGUUCCUGUUUGUCCCUGUUGUAUUUCUGUUUCUACAUCUGUAAUUUAAAACGCACAAUCCACAUCUUUAGAAUAUCGUUGUAAAAAAAUCUUAGAAGUUAAAGUCAAAAUAAUUUUAACUUUCAUAUAAAGCUUGUGUGUGACACAUUUGAAUGUUUUGUGACUGUAUACUAUAUGUAUAGUGUAAGGAUAAGCUUAAGUUUUUGGUUUUGGAGUGUAAUGAUGUCAUGAAAUAUCAUUAAAUAUAACAGAACGGUU